GAGACAUGUCUGAAAGUAAAGCCAAGAAGAUUGAGAUAAAAGACGUCGAUGGGCAGACCCUGAGGAAGCUGAUUGAUUACAUCUACACCGCCGAGAUCGAGGUCACGGAAGAGAACGUGCAGGUUUUCUUGCCAGCUGCUAGCUUAUUGCAAUUGAUGGAUGUUAGAAAAAACUGCUGUGACUUUCUUCAGUCCCAGCUGCAUCCCACAAACUGCCUUGGUAUCCGAGCUUUUGCCGACGUGCACGCGUGUACCGAACUGCUGCAGCAGGCAAAUGCCUACGCAGAGCAGCACUUCCCUGAGGUGAUGCUAGGAGAAGAAUUUCUUAGCCUUAGUCUGGACCAGGUUUGCAGUUUAAUAUCAAGUGACAAGCUCACAGUCUCCUCUGAAGAAAAGGUUUUUGAAGCAGUUAUUUCUUGGAUAAAUUAUGAGAAGGAAUCUCGCCUGGAGCACAUGGCUAAACUGAUGGAGCACGUUCGCCUGCCCCUCUUGCCCAGAGAUUACCUUGUACAGACAGUUGAAGAAGAAGCUUUAAUCAAGAAUAACAACACCUGUAAAGACUUCCUGAUCGAGGCCAUGAAAUACCAUUUGCUUCCUCUGGAUCAAAGGCAACUGAUAAAGAAUCCCAGAACAAAGCCGAGGACUCCAGUUAGCCUGCCAAAGGUGAUGAUCGUGGUGGGUGGGCAAGCACCCAAAGCCAUUCGCAGCGUGGAGUGCUAUGAUUUUGAGGAGGAGAGGUGGGAUCAGGUUGCUGAGCUUCCCUCCCGGAGAUGCAGAGCAGGUGUGGUAUUUAUGGCUGGCAAUGUUUAUGCUGUCGGGGGCUUUAACGGAUCUUUAAGGGUACGGACGGUCGAUGUGUACGACGGCGUGAAGGACCAGUGGACGUCCAUAGCCAGCAUGCAGGAGAGGCGAAGCACUUUAGGCGCAGCUGUGCUCAAUGAUCUCCUCUACGCUGUGGGUGGCUUCGAUGGCAGCACCGGUCUGGCAUCAGUUGAGGCCUAUAGCUAUAAAACCAAUGAGUGGUUUUUUGUGGCUCCCAUGAACACAAGAAGAAGCAGUGUUGGAGUUGGAGUUGUGGAGGGUAAGCUCUAUGCUGUGGGAGGUUACGACGGAGCAUCCCGUCAGUGCCUUAGUACCGUCGAGCAGUACAACCCAGCCACCAAUGAAUGGACCUACGUAGCUGACAUGAGCACUCGACGCAGUGGUGCAGGUGUUGGUGUUCUCAGUGGGCUGCUGUACGCUACCGGGGGGCACGACGGUCCUUUAGUAAGGAAAAGUGUGGAAGUCUACGAUCCAGGAACAAACACCUGGAAGCAAGUAGCAGACAUGAACAUGUGUAGAAGAAAUGCAGGUGUGUGUGCGGUGAAUGGUCUCCUCUACGUGGUGGGAGGAGACGAUGGUUCCUGUAAUUUGGCCUCUGUGGAAUACUACAACCCCAUCACGGACAAGUGGACGUUAUUACCAACCAGCAUGAGCACGGGGAGAAGUUACGCAGGUGUGGCUGUGAUUCACAAACCCUUGUGACACACGAUCAAGCCAUGUGAAGAGCAGAAGUGAAGUGCAUCCAGCUGGGUGGUGGUGGGAAGAUGACUGACCUCUGUCUUGACCCAUCUCAUUGCUGUUAAUGUCUUAGCGUGACAAGUGACGCGUUACAAACAUCAGCCCUGCGAUGGAUUGCGUGGCAAAGCGCAGAUCCCUCUGGGGACAUAUUCCAUGCUAGACACAAGGUGUUCCUUGUUAUCUGUGGUGCAAUCAGCUGUUCUUCUCAAUGGCUAGUGUCCCGAGAUAAACACUGUGCUUGGACUGCAGGCACUGGAUUUCCUGGGUGAAACAAAACUGCUACGUUUGGGCCUGUGAGUAAAAAAGAACAUUUCUGUAUUUCCUCACUACUGAUGCUCCGUGCACAUUAUCAGUUGAAAUAUUUACUCACUGUGCCUGGAAGGUGGACUUUACUACUGGCAGUGGAAUCUUCUGCGUACCAACCAAGAAAAGCAGUCGUCAGAAAAGGACUGGAGCGGGGUGCUCUGGCUUCAGUGUGACACUGUCUCAGUCAUACGUUUGUAUAUGCCACUGGACUACUGUAUGUACCCCUGAAAUGCUUGUCGUACGGUGGAAAUAAAUACCAUGUGAUUUUUCUACUCGC